GGGUCUUGGCCCGCGGCUGGCGAGCGCGCGGCGUCUCCUUCACUUCGCCCUCCAGCGCGGCCUUCGAGUGGAAGCGGCAGCGGUGCGCGCGCGCCUGGCUGAGAGAGAGAGAGAGAGAGAGAGAGAGGCUCCCUCCUCGCCCUUUCCCUGCCCAGACAGAUACUGUAAAUUGGACUAAAUAGCUAUGAAUUUUAACCAACCAUGUCAGCGCCCACCAAGACCGCCAAUGGCUAUUCCACCAGCCUAUGCGGACCUUGGCAAGUCUGCCCGAGACAUCUUCAACAAAGGAUUUGGUUUUGGCCUGGUGAAAUUGGAUGUGAAAACUAAAUCCACAAGUGGAGUGGAAUUCGCAACAUCUGGUUCAUCAAACACAGAUACAGGGAAAGUGAAUGGAAGCUUGGAGACCAAAUACAAGUGGGCUGAAUAUGGUGUGACUUUCACAGAAAAAUGGAACACAGACAAUACUCUGGGAACAGAAAUGGCAAUUGAAGACCAGAUUGCCAAAGGUUUGAAGUUAACAUUUGAUACAACUUUCUCGCCAAACACUGGAAAGAAAAGUGGCAAAAUCAAAUCCGCUUAUAAGCGUGAAUGCAUAAAUCUUGGGUGUGACGUUGACUUUGAUUUUGCUGGACCUGCCAUCCAUGGUUCUGUUGUCUUGGGUUACGAGGGCUGGCUCGCUGGUUACCAGAUGACUUUUGAUAGUGCCAAAUCCAAGUUGACAAGAAAUAACUUCUCUGUGGGUUACAAGACUGGAGAUUUCCAAUUGCAUACCAAUGUCAAUGAUGGGUCAGAAUUUGGUGGCUCCAUUUAUCAGAAGGUCAGCGAGAACCUUGAAACUGCCAUAAAUCUUAACUGGGUAUCUGGUACCAAUAGCACUCGUUUUGGAAUUGCAGCAAAAUACCAGCUGGAUCCUACUGCAUCCAUUUCUACAAAAGUGAACAACUCUAGUCUAAUUGGAAUUGGCUACACUCAGUCCCUGAGGCCAGGUGUGAAGCUCACGCUGUCUGCCCUGGUGGAUGGGAAGAACAUCAAUGCCGGUGGACACAAACUUGGUCUUGGCCUGGAAUUGGAGGCUUAAAGGCGUGAAGAAAACUGCUGCAGAAAAUGGGGAUAGCGGAAGAAUAUGGCCUUAAAAAUGUAAUUCCAGUAUGACUUGGAGGGGUUUUUUCCCUCCUCAGUGGGAUGCCCUAGAACAAGAGCUGUAUUAAGAAUAUUUAGGCAGUUCCUUGUUAGCUGGUUUUAGUUAAAUUGGUUCUCUAUCUAGUUCUCAAUUCUGCAUUAGUGCAGUAACUACAUAAUACAUUAUUUAAAUGUAUUUAACUGUUGGAUGCGGUACCCACAAAUAAUGAAAUAGACUUUAUGAAACCUGUACACAUGUGUGCAUGUUAUGUUUCUUUUAACACAUGGUAGCCCAUUGAAAUAACAAAACGGAUCAAUGGAUGUUCUGAAAAGCGAGGCCAGCAAUUUUGUUAAAUCACCUUAAAUUAGAAUGACUUUUGGUAUCCCAAGGCAAUUCAGAAUUAUGAAUAAACAAAUACACACACAUG